AUGUCAAGUAACGCUGACCAUUCCUCAUCGUCUGGAUUGUCUGUGGCACCAAAUAACGUAGAAAGAACAGAGCUUCCUUCUGAUUAUGAUACUUGGUGGGAUAUUCAAGAAGGGAAGAAGAUUUAUGUUGAUAAAACCAAAUUCCUGCAUCAAUUGCAAUCUGGUCUUCGUUUCCUGCGCAGACCACCUGGAUUUGGUACGAGUACGUUUUUGCAAAUGAUAGCCAGUUUUUUCAAAGGUGAAAAGCACUAUUUCAAUGGGACAUACGUGCAUCAAUACGGUAACACACGUGCAAAAGAUGGCUCGUGGAUCCAAUAUCCAGUUAUCCACAUAAACUUCGAUUCCAUUCCCAUCCACUAUAGCAAAAAUUUAUCUAAACAUGAAAUGGUGGGUGGUAUUAGUAACCAAAUUGAAUUAAAGCUGAGGAAUAUAGCUACAAUAACUUAUGAAAUAGAUGUCCCCAAGUGGUACACUGAGAGCAGCUUUUCAUUAAGUCACCUGAUUCAUCUUCUAUAUAGAAAAUUCAGCCUCCCUGUUGUCAUCUUGAUUGACGAAUACGAUAGUAUAAUCAGAAAAGUUAGAUCAAAUUCGGACGAAAAUUUCACAGAUUGUUUCCAGACAGGUUUGGAAGCCUUCUACACGCAAAUCAAAUCCGCUCAUAGUGACCGCAUGGUCGAAUUGGCAUUGGUGACUGGUGUACAUCCGUUUUCUAUCAAUACAUCGCCAUGGGGUGCAACCGCAAAUAAUUUCGUGGAUAUAUCGUGGGAUUCUGAAUUCGCAACGUGUGUUGGCUUCACGAAAGAUGAAAUAGAGACCACGUUUAAAUCGGAAAUAUCUGACUUCGCGGCUCAUCUGAAAACUACACCGGAUGAUAUUACGAAUCAAUUGAAAUACUGGUAUGGCGGAUACAGUUUCUCUGCAAAGGAUACACUAAAUGAGAAGUAUAUCGUUUACAAUCCUAUCUCGGUGUUGAAUGCGUUGAAGAAUUUCAAGUUCGAUUUGUACUGGGUGAAUAAGACUACCAGCAACGCCGAUUACAUUACGAAAAAAAUGAAUUCACUUUCUUCUUAUUCCUUCGAUGAAUUCAAAAAUUACAGAUUGCGUCACAGUUCCGAUUUGAAUCCUAGAAAUAAAUACAAUCCGAGAAUGGAGGAAAUUCCACUCCCAGAAAUGAUGCUACAAACGGGGUACUUGAAACUCGUUUCUUAUACCUACCACCACUCAGGAGACGUGGCAGUACUAAAUUACCCGAAUUGGGAAAUCGAAACCGGUUUGAACACAUUGUUACAUCUUGCAGCAGCUUGUGAAAAUCCCUAG